AUGUUCAAGAGAAUCAGUCUCGCAUUCCUGCUUCUUUUGCUGCUGCAAUUGACUUUUGUGGAGGCCUUUCAAAAUGCCCGCGCCGCUCAUUUGCUUUCCACCACCACCAGGAGGCAAGAACAAGAUACCAAUAACAGUGUCAUAAUUUCCAGUUCAACGACGUCUCUUUCUAUGGGACUGUUUGACGCCUUUUCAAAGGCUUUCGAAAACAACGAAUAUGGCCCUCCCCCUGAAGCCAUCAAGGCUUCUGCUCGUCACAUUCUGGUUCCCACCAAAGCGGAAGCCAAUGUUGUCAUCAAGAUGAUCUCGACUGGGGAAGCCACCUUUGCCGAUUGUGCCAAAGACUUUUCCACAUGCGCUUCGGCCUCCCAAGGUGGAUCCCUAGGAAGCUUUUCUCCUGGAAAAAUGGUGCCUGAAUUUGACAAGGUCAUUUUUGAUCCAGAGACAAAGAUUGGAGAAUUGCAAGGACCCAUCCUGACCGAUUUUGGAUUUCAUAUAAUCAUUGUCGACAAACGAACGGGAGGUGGUGACUGGUACUAG